AUGGAAGUAGAGGCAAAGCCCUUGAAAGUGUGCAUUGUGGGCUCAGGGACCUGGGGAUCAGUUGUUUCAAAAAUCAUCGGGAGCAAUGUGAAGAACAUGAAGAAGUUUGCAUCCACGGUCAAGAUGUGGGUAUUCGAAGAAAUGGUCAAUGGGAGGAAGCUGACAGACAUCAUUACUAGUGACCACGAAAAUGUAAAGUACCUGCCUGGACACAGGCUACCAGAGGAUGUAGUGGCCACCCCGAGUCUCGGCCAGGCUGUGCAAGAUGCAGACCUGCUGGUAUUUGUGUCCCCACACCAGUUCAUUCAAACCAUCUGUGAUGAGAUUGCUGAUAUAGUCCCAGAGAAGGCCCUGGGCCUCAGCUUGAUCAAGGGCACAGACGAGGGCCCCGAGGGCCUGAGGCUUACCUCUGAUGUCAUCCGAGAGAAGGUGGACAUAGAAGUCAGCGUGCUGAUGGGGGCCAACAUAGCCAGAGAGGUGGCCGAAGAGCCGUUCUGUGAGACCACCAUUGGCAGCCAGGUGCUGAAGAAUGGCCUUCUCUUCAAAGAGCUGCUGCAGACCCCCAAAUUCCAAGUCACUGUGGUGGGAGACUCAGACACAGUGGAGCUGUGUGGGGCUCUAAAGAACGUUGUCGCCCUGGGGGUCGGCUUCUGCGACAGUUCUGUGAUGAGUUCUGUCAUCUUCCUGGGCCUCAUGGAAAUGAUCGAGUUUGCCAGGACGUUUGGCAAGGGCCAGCUGUCUAUAGCCACUUUUCUGGAGAGCUGUGGGGUAGCUGAUCUUGUCGGUACCUGUUACGGGGGACGGAACCACAAGGUAGCUUCAGCCUUUGCCAGGACCAGAAAGACUGAGGAAUUGGAGGAGAUGCUGAACGGACAAAAGCUGCAGGGACCACAUACCUCUGCCCAGGUGUACCACAUCCUCAAGCACAAGGGGCUGCUGGACAACUUUCCACUGUUCACAGUCGUGGAUCAGAUAUGCUAUGAGGGUAGACCAGUUGCAGAGAUGCUUUCAUGUUUGCAGAAGCACCCAGAAUACAGGCGAAGGGAGCGGGGCACUGGCGCGCUUCUACCUUGA